GCUUUUCAAUGAAUCAAAUCUGAGCUUUACUGGUAGAGAGACUUUGCUCUAGGUUCACUGAAAACACCUGAUUUCAUGUCCAUCGCUACUUUUAGAGUCACUUCAUCCUCACCAUCAAGAAUCUUAUACCGCACUGCCGUACGGAAUUUCAAGUUUGAGUUUUGGGUACUGUUACUCCUUUGUAAGUACGUAUGCUUUGUCCAAGCUAAGAGAGACUUUAUAUUUUUUUCGCUGAACCAAGCUAAAGAGAGUCUAGUUAUCGAAGCAGUGAUGCGACAGGCAACUCCGCACAUGUGAGCUGAUUGGAAUAGGCGACGUUGUCUUGGGCCUCUAAUUACUAGCCAUGGCAAUGGAGGGAGAGGGCACCGAGAAGCUGCUAAAAAAUUCGGUAGAACUGGAAGUUGGUGAUGGUGGUAAGGAUGAGCCAUUGAAGGACAGGAUAUGGAGUGAGACCAAGAAGAUAUGGGUUGUCGCGGCGCCUGCAACAUUCACCAGAUUCUCCACCUUUGGGAUUUCUAUCAUCAGCCAGGCUUUUAUCGGCCACAUCGGGUCCACCGAACUGGCGGCCUAUUCUCUCGUCUUCACAGUCCUCCUGAGAUUCGCAAAUGGCUUCGUGCUCGGCAUGGCAAGUGCACUAGAGACCCUAUGCGGCCAGGCCUAUGGCGCAAAACAAUACCACAUGCUCGGAGUGUACCUUCAGAGAUCAUGGAUUGUCCUCACAAUCUGCUCCAUCUUUCUAGUUCCUCUGUUCAUCUUCACCGCGCCACUUUUGAAGGCAUUAGGCCAGGAAGAUAGAAUUACGGAGGUCGCUGGAGAAAUCUCACUCUGCUUGAUCCCGAUCCUCUUCACCUUUAUCUUAUCUUAUACCUGCCAAAUGUUUCUCCAAGCGCAGAGUAAGAACAUGAUCAUUGCAUACAUAGCGGCAUUCUCGCUGGUGGUUCAUCUAUGCCUCUCGUGGCUAUUGACCGUGAAAUACAAGUUUGGAAUUCUAGGCGCUAUGGCUUCAGCCACUUUGGCUUAUUGGAUUCCUAAUAUAGGACAACUCGUGUUCGUGAUGUGCGGAGGUUGCCGAGAUACGUGGAAGGGUUUCUCGAGUUUGGCCUAUAAGGACUUGUGGCCAGUGAUCAAGCUCUCGCUUUCAUCCGGCGCCAUGCUAUGUCUUGAGCUGUGGUACAACACAGUGUUGGUUCUUCUAACAGGCAACAUGAAAAAUGCGGAGGUUUCCAUCAAUGCGCUCGCCAUCUGUGUCAACAUCAAUGGUUGGGAAAUGAUGAUCUCCCUCGGUUUCUUGGCGGCGGCAAGCGUUCGAGUAUCUAAUGAACUAGGAAGAGGGAGCACAAGAUCGGUAAAGUUCUCGAUCAUGAUGGUAGUGCUCACAUCGUUCGCCAUCGGAUUUGUUUUCUUUGUGUUCUUCCUCUUCUUCAGGGGGCGUCUGGCUUAUAUUUUCACUGAGAGCGACGAGGUCGCCAAUGCCGUGGCUGAUUUAUCGCCUCUUCUGGCUAUUUCCAUACUUUUGAACAGCAUCCAACCAGUGCUUUCUGGAGUCGCCGUUGGAGCUGGUUGGCAGAGCAUAGUAGCCUAUGUCAACAUCAUAAGCUAUUACCUAGUAGGGAUUCCCGUGGGAGUCGCACUUGCCUAUUUUUUAAGUAUGCAAGUGAAGGGCGUGUGGGUCGGAAUGCUGUUCGGAACUUUCGUUCAGACUGUAGUACUGAUCGUUAUUACCUACAAAACUGAUUGGGAUAAGCAGGUAUCACUAGCUCGAACACGCGUUAAUGAGUGGUUCGUGGCUGAAGAAGCAUCACGCACGGCUGGCACGGGUGUAUGAUUCAAGCUUUCUCGUUCUCCUCGUAUUCUUGUGAAGACAACGAAGAAUUCUGUGUCGCAAUGGGAAAUGACCUUCACUUUAUUGCAGUUAAGCGCCUUGAUAAUGUAAUGUCCUGUAAAAUGUGUAUCGUAUCUUCAUUUAGUAAGAUAAACUUACGACUAGUUUUAAAGGAGGAACCUCAGAUCAGUGGAAAUGCUGUCAAAACAUUACUUAUUCAACCUAAAUUAAAGCAGCGAUGACAUUCUAGCAAA